AGACUUGAAGUUUUACCGUAUUCCGAGGGAUCCAAAGAGGAGAGCGAAAUGGACGGCUGCAAUUCGACGUGAAAACUGGACACCAAAAAAUCACCACAGACUAUGUAGUAGUCAUUUUAUAUCCGGUGCAGUGACAGGGUGGCGCUACAACAUGCACAACUUGAUGGUACAAGCUCUUGCCAUGAGGCAGUUAGGAAGGCUAAACCCACGUCAUCUACUGGCGGCCGGUUAUGGACCCUCACAGACUGAAUGGUGUCCUAGAACCAUUCAUACACGCCAGCUGUGGGGCUGCUCAACUUAUUCCAAACUGGGCUGCCACAGCAGAGAUGCCGUCAGGAGGUGGUCUGUCCAUCAGCUGAGGUUCAAAAGCAACAAGAAGAAAGACACUGCUAAAGCAAUGCAUGAAGAAGAGGAAGAAAAAGACCCUGAAAGCAGUGAUUCUGAGGAUGAGGCGGAUGAGGACGAAAACAUACCAAAAGACUAUAAAGACAUUGAGAAAUAUGUACAGUCCUUCCGUUAUGAUGUCGUUUUAAGAGCCGGCUUGGAUAUUGCACGCAACAAAAUUGAAGAUAGCUUCUACAGUAACAAGCUGAGACUAAAUGGACAAAAACUGAUCAAGAAGAGUAAAACGGUGAGAGUUGGAGACACAUUGGACCUGGUGAUGUCAGAGAACCAAGAUACCAACACUGUUACUUUAAUGAGAGUUGUCCUUAAAAAGGUUUUGGGUGAAUCCAGUAAUUCAGAAAAGUACAAAGUUUCUAUAAGGCGAUGGAAGUUCAUAGCACUACCCAAGGAUGAGGCCUUUAAGUCUUGAAGUGUAAUACGAACAUUGUAAUUGUCAAAGUAUUGGCUUUUUUGAGCUUGAAGUACUUGAAGGUUUGCUGUACAAAUACUAACCUCUGGGAUAAGUCUACAAAAGUGGUGUGGAGGCAACUGGGAAGAUGGACUGUUUUCUAAACAUGAAAAUCAACAUUUGCAUUUGCCUGCCAUCCAAUAAAUAUGCACUAAAAUUGACUUUUGAUGACUCAACAAAUUGAACAACGCCAUACUAAUUCCUAACAGUUCUAGAUAACAUUUGAUUUGUAAUAUUAAAUGGUCAUUAUUCACCUUUCAAUAACAUAAAACAGGAUUGGUUGUCAUGCUUGCUAUAACUCGACCACCAGAGGGUAGUGUUGUGCAAUAUCAUUAUUGUAAUAAAUCACAAUUGCGUCAAUUAAUCUACAUUGUCUUUAUUGUAGCGUGAAAAAUUAAGAGUAAAAACACGGGUUGAGGUUGGUUGUCACAUUAAAAGAUUUCAAAUUAUUUUUAUUGUCCCUGUA